GCUGGUUGAUGAACUAAUUCCCGUUGUGACAGUGCUUGUUAUUGUAGGCGUUGAUGUUGUGACAGUACUGGUUAUCGAACCCGUACUGGUGAUGACAGUGCUGACUAUUGAACUGGUAGGAGUCAUGAUUGUGCUGGUUGAUGAACUAAUUCCCGUUGUGACAGUGCUUGUUAUUGUAGGCGUUGAUGUUGUGACAGUACUGGUUAUCGAACCCGUACUGGUGAUGACAGUGCUGACUAUUGAACUGGUAGGAGUCAUGCCUGUGCUGGUUGAUGAACUAAUUCCCGUUGUGACAGUGCUGGUUGUUAUAGGCGCUGAUGUUGUGACAGUACUGGUUAUCGAACCCGUACUGGUGAUGACAGUGCUGGUCAUUGAACUGGUUGGAGUCAGGGCUGAGCGUAUUGCUCGCAUUCGUCCAGCAUCACAAGCAAAACAUGCUUGCCGAAAUAGCACAUUGAAAUUUAAUAAAAAAUAUACUUGUAUUGUCUGA